UCAAAGCUUAUCGAUCAAGAACGAUAUAUUCAAGAAAAUCAACUUUCUGAUAUAAAUCUGCAAAUAUUUUCAAGAACCAGAAUGUCUACGAUGGUAGAGAUGAGAGUACAUAUGGACUGCGCCGGAUGCGAGAGCAAGGUGAAAAGUGUUCUACAGAAAUUGAAAGGUGUGGAUGAUAUAGAUAUAGACAUGGGAUUGCAAAAGGUGACAGUCAGUGGAUGGGCAGACCCAAAAAAAGUGCUUAAAACUGUUAGAAAAACAGGCAGAAGAGCUGAGCUAUGGCAAUUGCCAUAUAAUCCUCAACACUCAACUCAAUAUUAUAAUCAACAUGAAGUUACUGGCCCAUCUACCUAUUUUGCCCCUCAGCCUUCCUCUUCUUACAACUACUAUAAGCAUGGCUAUGAUAGCAGUGACUAUGGGCAUUAUCGUCAUCCUGUUCAAUCUUCCAUUUUUAGCCACCAGACUGGCUCUGCUUUUAGCGACGAUAAUCCUCAUGGUUGUUCUAUUAUGUGAUGUUUCGUGUAUUUUGUACGUGUCGAAAAUGUUUUUAAUAUGUGUAAUUCGAAAGUAAAAAAUAAAGAGAAAUAGCAUAAUUUUUAUGUAUAUGCAUUUUCUGAGUUAUUU